AAUUUCGAUUGAGGGGCCUUAACAAAGCCACGCCUUGAACUUGAACAAUUCAUUCUCCAUUUCACCCUUUUUCAUUGCCUUUAUAUUUUGGCGCUCACAUUAUACUUUACUCGUCGACCCACCCAACUACCUUCCCUCUCCUCUCUUCUUCAACACUCAUUUCCACCGUUUUCCGACAACAAUGGCAGACCCACAAUCUCCAAUGGUUGAAAUCAACGGCUUAGAAUUCACCUACCCUGGAAUCGACGGUCACCCUCCUCCCGGGUCCACCCCUUUAAUCCAGGAUUUCUCUUUAUCCCUUUUUCCCGGUGAUCGUUGUCUUCUCGUCGGUGCUAAUGGCGCAGGGAAGACGACAAUUCUGAAGAUAUUAGGAGGGAAGCUUAUGGUUGAGCCUCAUAUGGUUAGGGUUCUUGGGCGAUCUGCUUUUCAUGAUACUAAUUUGACUUCUUCUGGUGAUAUGUGUUAUCUUGGUGGAGAGUGGAAGCGAGAUGUUGCUUUUGCUGGAUUUGAGGUUUCUAUACAGAUAGAUGUUUCUGCUGAGAAAAUGAUAUUUGGAGUUGGGGGUGUAGAUCCUGCAAGAAGGGCUGAACUAAUAAAGGUGCUGGACAUUGAUCUGUCUUGGAGGAUGCACAAAGUAUCUGAUGGUCAGAGAAGACGAGUUCAAAUCUGUAUGGGUCUUCUCAAGCCAUUUAAGGUUCUUCUUCUUGAUGAGAUCACAGUUGACCUUGAUGUGCUGGGAAGAGCUGACCUUCUUAAGUUUCUCAUCAAGGAAUGUGAAGAGAGAGGUGCUAUAGUCAUCUAUGCGACACAUAUAUUUGAUGGGCUCGAGAACUGGCCAACACAUAUUGUGUAUGUGGCUCGCGGAAAGUUACAAUUAUCAUUGCCCAUGGAAAAAGUUAAGGAGAUGUCAAAUUUGUCAUUAAUGAGGACAGUGGAGAGUUGGCUGAGGAAAGAACGAGAUGAGGAGAGAAAAAGGAGGAAAGAAAGAAAAGCAAAUGGCCUCCCAGAAUUUGAGAAGCGUAUUGAAGGCACUUGUGUCGUUGGUGAUCCUGCUCAUGCUGCUGCUCGUGUAACAAACAAUGGAUGGGCUGCAGGAAGGCUGCAUUCCACCCUUGCUGGCGAAGACAACUUCACCUUCAGCUCAAACAGAGUACUAAGACAAUAGUUUUUACAUCCAUAACUUUAAGUUAUUAAACUUAUCAGGUUUAAAGUUAUACUACUAUUACUUCAUCAAACAAUUUACAGGCUAUAGCUAGCAUUUGAGUUUUGGACUGAAUACGUUUAGCAUUCAGGAGUUUUUAUACUAUUACUGUUGUACCAACUUGUACGCGUAAACUUGCACAGUUUCGGGUCAAAAUUUAUUUUUGUAUAGGAAAGCGUUCUAAUGAAAGAGUCCAUUUUACUUCCUCUUUGCAGUUUGUAUGAGAAAUUGAGAAUGUAAGCACUUUGACACUUUCCAAACCAUAGCCAAGCUACUAUAGUGGAAUAGUGGACUAUUGUCUAUAAUUUUUAAUUUUUUUA